AGUGAGCCUGGUGAAGUUGGGCAAGCCAUAAAGAAUGCUCUGGACAUCGGUUAUCGCCAUAUUGACUGCGCAAUGAUUUACGUAAAUGAAAAGGAAAUUGGAGAUGCUCUGAAAAGUGCCUUUGAAGAAGGAAUUGUGAAGAGAGAGGAGCUUUUCAUUACAAGCAAGUUGUGGAGCACCACUCACAGCCGAGAGUCUGUGGUACCAGCGCUACAACAAACCCUGGCCGACCUGAGACUGGACUAUGUGGACCUCUACCUCAUUCACUGGCCAGUUGGCUUCAAGGAAGGCACUGGCGAGCUUCACCCCCUGGAUGAACAUGGCAAGCAUAUAUUCAGUGACGUGGACUUUGUUGAAACUUGGCAAGGCAUGGAGGAAGCUGCCAAGCUUGGGCUUGCCAAGGCUAUUGGCGUGUCCAAUUUCAGCGCACCACAAAUUGACAGAAUUCUUGACAAGUGCAGCAUCCCACCUGCCAACAACCAGGUGGAGAGCCACCCGUACCUGACGCAGCGCGAGCUCAUCGACUACUGCAAGAGCAAGGGCAUCGCCGUCACCGCCUACAGCCCCUUGGGGGCACCGAAAAGGCCGUGGGCGCAGUCAGAAGACCCUGUGGUGCUGGAGGACCCUAAAGUGAAAGCCCUCGCCGCCUCGUACGACGUCACCCCCGCGCAACUCCUCAUCAGGUUCCAGGUGCGCCUGAUGGUGACCUUAUGA